CAAGACCCCUCGACCAAGGCCUCAAGGCUGGGACACCCCCCCUUUCAGACAACUUAAGGCAAGUGCCGGAAUAUCAUUGACUCGAAACUGGAAGCGCGCAUCGUCCAACUGAAGACGUCACUUUGCCAUUUACCUUGCAUUCACCUGAUGGCCAACAUUCUUGCUUUCCUCGCCGUGUUUGCCGCCAUGGCCACUGCGACCGUGAACGAAAGCGACGCCCCCCAGAACACGACGGCCUCAUUUUUUUGCUGGAAGCAUACGUACACACGCGGUGUUGGCCGUGUGCCGGGAUCGUGCGCGGCCGGACAAGAGCCCCUGGGUCUAUUUUGCUAUGACAAGUGUCCAGCGGGCAUGACCCGCGUAGGCUUCGACUGCCACUCGAAGUGUCCCGGUUGGCUCGAGGACCAAGGACUGUUUUGCCGCUACAGAGAAUACGGCCGGGGGUGGGGGUUCCCGUGGCGUCUUUUCGAACCUCUGGACUCCAGAGGCAUGUUGGGCCGCUGCCAAAGUUGGUACGGGAAAGGCAACUGCGAAGUUUAUGGGUUAAUGGCGUACCCCAAGUGUCUUCCAGGCUACUAUCCGUUUGGUUGUUGUAUCUGUCGACCUUCUCCUCCCGACUGCGACGCCAUUGACAUGGCCGGCAGAUUUGACUUGUCGUGUGCCAAGAAAAUCACGAUUGGGACGCCUCACUUGGGUACGUGCGCUGCCAACGAAGACCUCGAUGUAGGGUUGUGCUACCCUAAGUGCAAACCCACCUACAAGGGUAUUGGUCCAGUGUGCUGGGGCCGCCCUCCUCCUUUGUGGGAGGACUGCGGCAUGGGGGCCGCAGUAACCAGUUCUCACUGCGCCGCUGUCAUCGCCAACCAAGUUCUUUCGGUGGUGGUGCUUGCCGCCAAUAUCGCCUCACGGUUUGCAGGCAGUUCGGUCAAGGUGCUCACUAGCAUUGCGAACCCGGCCCAGGUCUCCAAGUUAAGAUCGUUGUGGUACAAAGCCCUGCCGUACCUCGCGAAGAAAGUCUUACCUAAGGUAGUCAAAUAUUUCGGAACCAAUGUUGGGACAAUGGCGGUCUAUCAUAACGUCUUUCACGACGACAAUGCCACCUUCACCAACGAAGACUUCGCACGUACCGCAAUUGCCCUCGUAGCCGUCAUGGAUAAAAGUGGCAUCUUGGAUGUCGUAGCGGCCGACAUGUUCCCCAUGUGCGACAAGAUUGAAGGCAUAUUGAACGGGCAUGGGUAAAUUCCUUGAUUUCCGUCACGAGCCCAAGCCUGUGCACUACGUUUAGGAUACCAAACCUCCAGCAUAAUGAAAGCUAAUGUAUGUGGAGGUGAUCGGGUCCAUGGCUUACA